AUGCCCACAGAUUUACCCAUUCUUACGACCCGACCCGCCCCGCCCCAUCCCGUCCAGGGCUUCAACCACCAAUCAGCUUCUACCAUGGCCACCUGCGUACAAUCCCCACCCACACAAACCCAGGGCUUCAAAUGCCGUCUCUCUAAUUUUCGCCGCACAAAUGCCCCCCAAACCCUAGACGAAGAACAAAUCCACGAUCUAUGGCUCCGGAUGCAGGACGAGGCGAGGUCGGACAUCGAUCAAGAACCAAUUUUAUCCGAUUUCUAUUUCACCUCAAUCUUAUCCCACGAAUCCAUGGAAUCCGCCCUGGCCAACUAUCUCUCCACGAAAUUGAGCGAUUCCAGCCUUCCGAGUACCUCCCUCUGCGACCUUAUCCUGGGGGUGCUCACAGAGAAUCAGGAAAUCAUGAGGGCCGUCGCCACUGACUUGACGGCCGUCAAGGAACGGGACCCAGCCUGCAUCAGCUACGUCCACUGCUUCUUGAACUUCAAAGGCUUCCUCGCUAUUCAGUCCCACAGGAUAGCACAUAGCCUGUGGUCGAAAGGUAGGACGAUUUUAGCCCUCUUGAUACAGAAUAGGGUUUCAGAAGUUUUUGCUGUGGACAUUCACCCAGGGGCCAGAAUCGGGGCAGGGAUUCUGCUCGAUCAUGCCACGGGUGUUGUAAUUGGGGAGACUGCUGUUAUUGGUAACAAUGUGUCGAUUUUGCAUAAUGUGACUUUGGGUGGGACUGGAAAGGUUUCUGGAGACCGGCACCCGAAGAUUGGUGAUGGUGUGUUGAUCGGUGCUGGGACUUGUGUUUUGGGCAAUGUUAGGAUUGGGGAAGGGGCCAAGAUUGGUGCUUGUUCUGUGGUUUUGAAAGGGGUGCCAGCUAGGACGACAGCUGUAGGGAAUCCGGCUCGACUGAUUGGGGGGAAAGAGAAUCCGGUGAGGCUCAAUAGGAUGCCUAGUCUGACCAUGGACCAGACUUCGCAUAUAAUGGAGUGCCCGACCGUGACUGUGGAAGUGGAACGGCUGAACAUUGUCACCGUCAUCCUACGCAAGGUCUCAUGGCCGGCUGGAGUCGGCCGGGACUUAGACUCGCGCGGCGACAGAAGCCCUGUCGAUUCUCACAAAGGCAGGCGAUGGAGAAUUGCACAUGGCUGUCGACGGCGAAGUGUUCAUGUCUGUGGCUGUUCGAUCGUGGCGAUGGCGGACCUGGUCGGUGGUGGAGCAGUUGCAGGCUGUGGCGGUGGCGACGGGACCGACGAUGGUGGUUUGGUGUCGGCGGUCGGAAUCCAACGGCUGCAAAUGGUGCUGUCCGACGGUGUCCGAAGUGUUGUGCAUCCGGCAGGCGACGAUUGGGUUAGUGGUGUCUGUUGUGAGGCUGUGUGUGUACGAAGUGAGAAGUGA